CCGAGAUCCGCCUUUUCCAUUAUGCGUUCAUACUCUCGAUAACAUCGAUUUCACUCACGUCUCGCUGAUUACAGUAGGAUGCAAAGUGCAAACGAAGUCCCCACUUCAAGGAAAAGACAAAAUCCAAAUCGGUGCAGGCCAAAGUCCAAAGGGGGUUGUCAGAGGUGCAAACAGCGGCGACGCCGAUGUGAUGAGACGAAGCCAAGUUGUCAAGAAUGUUCCAAGAAGGGACAUACGUGUCCUGGAUAUGAGAAGCAGGAUUUAAAGUGGCGCUAUGUCUUCAAAGAUGAUACCCAUGAGGCAACUCAGACAGCAUCGCCGACUGAGACCCCCAAAUCAACAGCGACCGAUUCUUUUGAGGCGACUAAUCCAACCCAGGAGCCUGAGAGGGAACGUUCUCCCAAUGACGACCAGAACCAGCUGGACACCACCGGAUCCUCUGUCUUUGACCAGUUGCCAGAGUUUGAUGACCCGACAAAUAUUUGGUUCAAUCUCGAGUCGGGGCUGCCUGGCAUUGAGGUAGAGAACGAUGACGAGCAGAACAGUCUGUCGAUCUUGCGCAAGCAGUUAUCCAAUACAUCGAUUCCUUCGUUCCUUAUCCAGCUCCCAGCGAUGCUGGUCGAGUAUUACUUUCGUACUGUUUGCAACCAAUGGUCAUCCUUUGACUGUCCUCUUAACCCAUUCCGAACAAUUAUCAGCCGACUUUGGAGUCGAAAUGCAGCUAUUUACUUUACCAUCCAAAGCAUGUCAGCCGCAUCACUGGCAAAUGAUUUCCCAAGUAUGAGGGCCAUCGGAAGACAAACCCAGCAACAAGCGAUCGUCUGCCUACAGAAUAGUGCACGAGGAGGAACAGCUCGCAUGGGAGAUGAUGAGUUUUUCCUGGCACUCUUAAUGUUAGGAUCCACGACUGGGUGGCACGAUGCGUCUGACCUAGGUUUGGCAUAUUUGAAAGCAGCCCAGGAGCAUCUUCUGAAACAGAAGCGCCGGUGCAAAAGUUCAAACUUUGCCGUAGCAAAACAGUACCCACUUUUCAAACAGUGUCUGCUGUAUUGGAACUUGUUGGCUGCAUUCGUGGCCGAGGAUUCGCCAAUUCUGAACGAGGACAGCCCUACGGAAAACAGCGAUGGAGACCUCUCAAUCUACCUUGUUGAUGGACAAGCAAUUCCUCAUCCAUGGACGGGAUCUCUCACCUACUCAUUGAGUCUUUUCUAUCGGACUGCAAGAGUGAUUCGAGCCUCGAAAACGUCGCAUCGGAAACAAGCACAGGCACUCGAUCCUACCCUGGUCGACUUCAGCUGCUUGGCUGAAGAACUGGAUCUCAGACAGAGGGCGGAGGAACUUGAACAAAACAUCCUCUUUUCUGGGUUCUCAUUUUACUGUGGCCCUGUCGAUAUCGGUGAUAUGAACACUCCCCCGUCACAUUUCCUUACUUUGGCCGAAGCAUAUCGCUGUGCGGCACUUUUACAAAUCUAUCACGUUUUCCCGGAGAUUUUGGAAGAAAGGCUGCGCAGCAAUCAAGAGGCAGAUGGCGAACCCUCUAUUCCGGCUCUAUUUUUGUUAUUGUUCCCAAUUACUGCAGACUGGUUAUCACUCUCGAUCGAAGACACAAGACACACCUUGGCACUACACAUUGUAUCUCUGUUGGAUCAACUGCCUUCAACAUCUGGGACUAAGGUGAUGCAGCCUGUGAUUCUGGCUUGUAUUUCCAGUGAUCUUGUGUUCUCUUCUGGGUCUGUAUUAGGUCCCGCCGCAAAUGCAAUUCCCAGUUUGAAUACUUUGGAUGUUGAUAUUGCUCAAGCCAGACGGAAAGUCAAAAUGAAGAUGUCUGAGCUUACGAUAAUCCUUCCAAAGCUACCAAUGCAGCGAAUUUCUAAUGUUAUAAACGAGACUUGGGAUCGCGCGGACUCUGGAUUGGAGGAGUUUUGGCUGGAUGUCAUGUUGGAUUUGCAUUUGGAGACGAUCAUGGGAUAAGCAUAGGGAGAUGGUGUACUUGAUGCCUAUGUUAAUUGGUUUGCGUAGACAUGUCACGUACCGUUCAACGUU